GUGUCACUUUUAACCUUGAUUCGACCUUUACUUAUAUAUAAAACGCGCUGAUUUUCGUUUACGAACGCUUGUUAGCUUCGAAGGUAUCGUGCUGAUAAGUUUAUUGAAAAAAGUUUUUAAUCAAAUCCAUUUUUUGUACAAAUCCUGCUUCUCCAAUGACGACUUACUUCAGUUAUCCAGAUCAAGCUCUCCAAGAUGAGCUUCGCCGCAUUGCAACGGCGAUUACAGCCCCUGGAAAGGGUAUUUUAGCUGCUGAUGAAUCUGUUGGAACCAUGGGGAAGCGCCUCCAAGGAAUUGGGUUAGAAAACACCGAGGAAAAUCGCCGCAAAUACCGCCAGUUGUUAUUUACAACUGAUAAAACGAUUGGGGAAUCUAUUUCUGGGGUCAUCUUAUUCCAUGAGACUUUGUACCAAAAAACUGAUGAGCAAGUCCCAUUUGUUGAGCUUUUAAAGGAAAGGGGAAUCAUUCCUGGAAUCAAAGUUGAUACUGGGGUUGUUCCAUUGAUGGGGAGUGAAGAUGAAGGAACUACUCAAGGUCUCGAUGAUUUGUCAAAACGUUGCGCCCAAUACAAAAAAGAUGGCUGCCAUUUCGCCAAGUGGCGCUGCGUCCUAAAAAUCUCAAAAAACACCCCUUCGUAUCAAGCGAUCGUCGAAAACGCAAACGUUUUAGCCCGUUACGCCUCAAUCUGCCAGAUGAACGGGCUCGUCCCCAUCGUUGAACCCGAAGUUCUUCCAGACGGUGACCACGAUCUCGAUCGUGCCCAAAAAGUGACCGAAGUCGUUUUAGCCUUUGUUUAUAAAGCGCUUAGCGAUCACCACGUUUUUCUCGAAGGAACUUUGUUGAAACCGAACAUGGUUACUGCUGGAAUGGGGGCCGCGGUGAAAGCUUCGCCAGCGGAUGUUGGAAGAGCUACGGUUACAGCGUUGCAAAGAACGGUUCCAGCUGCUGUUCCUGGAGUAUGUUUCUUGAGUGGUGGGCAAUCUGAGGAAGAGGCUACUGUUAAUUUGGAUGCGAUUAAUAAGUUUAAUGGGAAAAAGCCGUGGGCGUUGACGUUCAGUUAUGGUAGAGCUUUGCAAGCGAGCGUUUUGAAAGCGUGGCAAGGGAAAGAUGAGAAUAUUGAGGCUGCCCAACAAGAAUUGAUGAAGAGGGCUAAGGCUAAUGGCUCGGCAUCCCAAGGAAAAUACGUGGCUGGAACCGUCGAGGGUAGCGCAGGAAUGGAAAGCAUGUUCAUUAAAAACCACUCCUAUUAAAAAUUAAUUCAUUCUUAUCCUUUUUAUCCCUAACAAUUAAAAGUAAGGAUGAAGAAAGGAUUCGAUGAAAUAAAUUCUGCGCUUUUUUUCCACAUUAUUAUUAUUAUUACAAAUUAAAAAUUGUAAUUUGUCUUUUAAAAAAAAAUUUUAAAUAUC